AUGUGGGGCUGGCUGUGCGCGCUGGCGCUCCUGUGCGCGCUCGCGCCGUGCGGCGGCCUGCGGCGGCCGGCCGUGCCCGCGCCGCGCUGCUACAGCGCCGGCGAGCUGCAGGGCGCCGAGGCGCAGCUCGCAGGCCGCAGCCUGCGCUGGGAGCACCACGCGCCCGUGCAGCUCGUGCCGCGCCUGGAGCGGCUGCAGCGGGAGCCGCCGCGCCGCCGCCGCCGCCGCCACGAGCGCGCGUGCCCCGCGCUGCAGCCGCGCGCCGCGCUGCGCCCCGAGACCAACGAGCGCUCCAUCUCGCCCUGGCGCUACCGCAUCGACGAGGACGAGGACCGGUACCCGCGGAAACUCGCCUUCGCCGAGUGCCUGUGCCGCGGCUGCGUGGACGUGAAGACGGGCCGCGAGACCACGGCGCUCAACUCGGUCGCCAUCCACCAGACGCUGAUGGUGCUGCGGCGCAAGCCGUGCCCCGGCGCCGGCGGCCACGGGCUCUUCGCCCUCGAGGUGGACUACAUCAGGGUGCCCGUGGGCUGCACGUGCGUCCUGCCCCGCACGGGCCGCUGA